CAUGGACAAAUUAUAAAGUUAGGCAAAGAAAAAAUGUAUAAAACCUGCUUUUUUCUGCUUGCUUGCUAUUUUCAAACAUUACGAACUGAUUGAAAUGUUCGGACUGUUCGAACAUUUCGGACUGUCCGAACUGUCCGAGCAGUUGUUCAAAUGUUUCGACUUGUUUGAAUAAUUCAAGCGUACAGUUUUUUUGAAUCUGUGUGUUGUCAAAAUCCAAUUAUUCACAUAAUAUUCAAACUUAUUAUGGUCUUAUAAACUGAUACUUUCACAAUAUGUUCGUCAGCAGUCGAAGGAAAUAUCAAAUCGACUUUUAGAACGUGCUAAAAAAAUAGCAAAAGAAGAAUUUAGCAAGCUAGAAAAAGAUGGAUCAGAACUCAAGCAAAUACAUGAAAAAAAGAUUAUGGAAGUACAGCAGAAAUAUCAAGAAGAAUUAGAUGAUAUUGGUCAAGCUCAUACUUCUGCUGCUUUGCAACCUGAUGUCGAUGAAAUAAUAGAAGAAGAAAAAAAAACGGACAGAGUUAUGGCUUUAAAAAGAGGAAAGGAUGCCAUAGAGCGAAUGAGAGAAACAAGCCAGAAGGAUACUGCGGAAGCAGCUCAUCAGAAAAGAUUACGUGAAGUACGAGAAAUAGAAAAUAUGAGAGCUGCAAUGAUAGCUAAGCUUUCAACACCAAUGUCACCGGGGAAAAAAAGCAAAACACACACAGAAAUGAAUCCUUCUCAAGAUGCUAUAAACGAAGAAAACGAUCAUGAAACAUUAAUACCAAGCAGAAAAAACAAAACUCUGAGAAAGUCGCCAAGAAAAAUUAAGAAACUUAAUUCUAAGGAACACAAACAAACAUUAUAUAUAUUAUCAAAACCAGGACCUUCAGGGUUGAAAAGACAAGUUCUUAAAUCUCCACAAAAAGAGAUAUACAAAAGUGAUCGCACCGAACAUCUGAUUGAUGAUGCAACUGAUGAUCAACUGCCACGAGGAACCGUACCAACCAUAAGCACUACACCAACUAAAGCUGACAAAAUAGCAAGGUACAAUCCGGAAGAUUAUACUCAAGAUAUAUCUGAUAGUACAAGUAGUAUAAGCAGCAGUAGUUCCAAUUCGCUUAGCGAUGAUUCGUCAUAUUUUUCUGAUCCUGCAGAACAAAAUAUAUGCAGUAAAUCUAUUAGAACACCUUUGAUAGACGAUAGUGACAAAGUGCAAUUAUACGAUUGCAAUAUGCGUCAAAGGAAUACUUACUGCAGACCUCUCGGUAUAGUACAAAGAAUUGAUAUUGGAAACGAGCCGAAUGCUGUACAAGCAGCGGAAGCAGUGAAAGACGCAGAAAAAACAAAACAUCACGUGUGCAAAAGUCGCAUUCUGAAUGCUAAACGUCAUGGCGAAGAUGCUAUUUUGCGAGAAAAGGUGCGGCGGGAUUACCAAACGCUCUUGAGAAAUCUUGAUUACCUUACUCAAGAAGAACGCAAACUGAAAGCUAGUCAAAUUCCAUCAAACGCGGAAGAAGAUACGCAUAUGUUAUUACACCAGAGAAACAAGUGCCACGAGGAACGUCAAAAACGGAUGAAUCGUGCGACUAAAAAAGUUCUGGACACAUAUUGCACGCCAGCUCAAUACUCUCAUCUUACGGAAAGAGUAAUCACUUCGCCGCAGAGAAGAAAAUGCGUAACUACCUGCGACGUGCCUCAUUCUACAUGGCAAGAAGAACCUCCUGUCGUCGAAGAACAGACAGAAGUUUGUUACACGGAGUGUCGACGGGAUAAAGAUAGCGAAAUGUCGCGCGAAGAACAAAUAUUAGAUAUGUUGAAAAAAGUCGAAAGACAAAAAAGACUACUGCUACAAGAAUUUGGUGCAAGUUUGCCAGAUGACAUAUUUAACGCCAGUAUAAAGUCGCUCUUCGAAGACAGACCGACACAGACGAGAGUAUCACAGGCCGCAAAUGCUGUCAGACCUUUGUCACCUGAAAUCCAAGUUAUAAAUAUGUCUAAUAAUGAAGAAUCCGCAAAAAAAGAACGUAAAACAAAAAAAGUAGAUAAACCAUCUACAAAGAAGAUUGAGAUUGCUGUUCAGACAGAAGCAGACAAACCUGAUCGAGCCGAGAACAAAAGCGUACAAGUAGAAUUACCUCAAGAAUCAUCUCAAAAAUGCAAAGAAAACACAGACAUACAUUCCAUACAUAAUAAGGAUACAUCCGUACAAGUACCUCAUCCGCUCGAACCAAAAGUUACUAUUAUUACACCACAGACAGAUGAUAGUAGUAGUAAUGAUUCCACCAGCUCCGAGAAUGGUAUGAUUAUUGAAAUAGAUGAAAGAGAAGUGAUCGUAACGCCUAAAAAAAAGAGAAUUGGCGUAAAAGCAUCGAAGCGACCGUCACCUCGAAUUUAUCAAAAAAUUCGCUCAAAAUCUGUUAGCUCGAAAGCUACAUCACCCAUAAAAAGAUUUUCGAGAUCUUAUUCGAGUUCCCGUUUACCUAGUCCUCAAAAGAAAACGAAAUGCGUGGAUACGCCGGAUGUAGCCAGUAGAAAAAUCGAUAUACAUGUGAGCAAAUCUUCGUUCAAUGAUGAGACAGAUCUGUCGCAGGAAACGAGAGUGUCGAUAGACGCUAGUGCAGAGAGUUCUCAAACGAUCUCGGGUACGAACGGUCAGGAUCAAACAAUCGAAUCUCAACUAUCCGGUAAACCAUAUCGGAUUCGGACGCGCACGAAAAAAUGGAUUCGAAUAAAAGAUACUUCUGACACCACAACAUCGACGUCGUACGCAAGUCCGCCACCUAUACAGCCUAGGUCAGUGUUCGAGGCUUUGAGUAAUGUUACGCCAAUCUUAGAAAUGUUGGAUACUCCGGGAGCUGAACAACUAAGAAGACUGCGACACGAAGUUAGCCCAGUUUCUACACCUGAAACCCCUUCGCCGCGUACAAUGAUGAUGCCGUCCAAUAUUCCACACCGUCAUAGGAUUAGUCGAAUACUUAGAUAUUCUACCGAAUCUCAAACCAAUGGCAAUAAUAUGUUAUCGUCAACAAGAAUUGAUCGAGCUACUCUAACAGAACCGUCGGAUAUUCAGCAACAAGAGCUAGCACCACCGUCAGAAUAUCUACCUGCUUUACAACCAACUAAAGUCUGUGUAUGCAAAAAUCCUACAUGCAAGUUAUUACAUACAAAGUUCGAUGAUAUUCACGAGUAUGCUUUAAAAACUUGUCCCGAAAUAUUGCAAAAAUAUGAAGAUUUGCAAACCUUGUGCACAGAAAGAAUAGCAUCUUUGACUGAUCUCAUCGAAAAAGUGCGAAAUGAACAACGUGGUAUGGAUCUCUCACUAAUUAUUCCAAGCAAUGAAACCAGCUUAAUGCAGUUACCUACAUCAAUAUCUGCUCAAACCGAUGAGCAAGCAGUGCGUCGACUAAUUGAGAGUAUAGAAGCAGUUCACGCGCAACUUGCAAAAACUCUUGUGGAAUCGCAAAAAUUUAUAGGAAGCAAAUCACUUUCGGAAGAUAAAUCUGUGCAAGAUGAAGGGAUUCAAGCGACCACGUCUACUCCUAGAAGUAAAUUAGUAGAUUCAGUUAUAGCAGACAUACAAAAAAAAUGCAAAGUAAUGGAAGGCACGGUUAAACCAAAAAUUAUAAGUGAUGAGAAAGUUAAUGUAAAGCUUAACCGAUUUAAAAUGCAGCAAAAACCCGAAGCAACGUCGGCAACAAAAGUGGAAGAGCAUGAUUCCCAGACCCUGUGCACAACUCUCCACGAGAACGAAGAGGAGGUAAUAGACAUAUUGUCGAAAGAGUUUUUAGAACAAUGGAAAAGUUUAGAUACGACAAACACACACAACAUACACAUACCUAUCACUUUAAAAGGAAAUAGUGAAACUUCUAUACAAGAGUCGUUUUCUAAAAAUGUUAACUUAGAAAAUGGAAUUCUAUUGGAUCACGAAAAAGACAAUGGCAUUUUAAAAGAAAUUACAUCUUUCGAAGAGGCAACAAAAGAGACUAGUUUUGUUCCCAUAUUAACUGGCAUUCCUAAAGUAUCGCGCAAUCACGGAACUGUAUUAACAAGGCCUAAACCUCCUAUCACGUUGCUAAAUGGACCAUAUAGGCCAGAAUUGGAAUCAUCAGGGCACGAACUAUCAACUAUAGUAGAAUUUGACACAACAGAUGCAAUCAACAAAAGCAUUAAGAGUCCAGCAAAAUCUAAGCCAUCAGUACAUGUGGCUCCUUUACCAAUACAACAAAGUAACAAUUUCUUAGAAUUAACAGACAAAACAUCUGAUGUGAAACAUUCUGUUGAAAAAGAGACUUUUGCACAGAGCUUACAGAAAGCUGCAGAUAUUUAUAGUUUCCCUGAAAAGGUAAAUAGUAUGACUGAUGACAUCGUUACAACGAAAACUGAAACUGAGCAAGAGUGUAUGCUUGACAAGUUUAAUAAACAAUUGCAAUGUAACACUACCGCUGAAGAAUCUUCUUCUCAGGCAAAAGAUAAAUUAAAUUCUUCUGAAAAUACUGAUCACAUACGACACAAUAAUUUACAUAAAGAUAGUAAACAUAAAACAACGUCAACUAGUUUGUUUAGCUUUUCCGGAUUAUCUGGUAUUUCUGAAAUAACAAGUUCCCCGUCAUCAGAUCUGAAGAAUGCUUCAUCUCCAGAAGAAAUGGAAGCAGCAUUGACGAAGCUGGGUUUAGGUUGGGCAGUUACAACAUUGAAAAAAACUCGAGAAGCGAGUGCUCUUAGUUCAUCUUCAAAUUCUGAUAUCACGCCUGUAAAUACAGCUAGAAGAAUGAUUUCUCCUACUAAGAAACAUCAUGAUCCAAGUGGCCUUCUGGAUAUUAGUGAUGUGUCAUCGAUAUCGAUCAAAGAAGCUAGUAAGAGUACCGAGCAAGUUGUACUUUUAAAAGGAAGAACAUCUACGCCUAAACUUCAAAAUUCAAAUUCGAACAGUGAAAGAUCUAAUACUACAAAUUCAUCUGGAAGUAUUCAAGAUGCAAGUGAUAGUUUAACCGUUCCUAAUGUAUCACUCACAAAGACAAAAUCUGAUAAUAAGCAAUUACAAAGUUUCUGAUAUAAACUAUUUUAUAUGUAUAAUUUUAUUCACUUAUUAGGGGUAUAUAUUAGUAUAUUUUUAUGUAAUUUUAUAAGGGACUAUAGAGUUAUGUGUAUAAUAGGAUAUCAUAGUAUGUGGGACCAUGUAUGAUAUACGAUAUAUUAAAUAACUUUUAUCUUGAAAAGUAAUUGUUAUAAUAAAAAAUGUGCUUGUACUUUUGUUACAAAUAACUUGAAAGCAGGACUAUAUACAAUCCUAGAUAUAAAAACUAAAAGACGUUAAUAUUCUGCAAAUGUUUUAUAUUUUUGGAAUAUUCAUUCUUAAAUAUUACUAUUGUAGAGAAGAAUAUUACAAAAAUAUUAAAUAAUUUAGAUGUUUUAAACGCGAGAAAUAGAUUUAAAUAUUCGAUUAUUGUAUAUGAAGUUUUAUAUGAUACUUAUAU